AUGAUGGCGACGUCACAGGAUUAUUUCGGCAAUCCGUACGCCCUCUUCCGCGGACCGCCCACAACAUUGAGGCCGCGGGAGUCGCCGCUGGGCGUGGGCCACCCACACAGUCAUGGGCAUAUGCACAGCCACGCCCACGCCCAUGGGCAUGGCCACGCCCAUUCGCAUUAUGCGGCCUUGGACUUGCAGACGCCGCACAAGCGGAAUAUCGAGACGGAUGUGCGGGCACCGCCGCCGCCAUUGCCGCCGCCACCGCUUCCGCUUCCGCCCGCAUCCCCUAGGUACAACACUGACCAAGGAGCGAUGGACCAGCAAUUCUGCUUGCGCUGGAACAAUCAUCCCACAAAUCUGACCGGCGUGCUCACCUCACUGCUGCAGCGGGAGGCGCUAUGCGAUGUCACGCUCGCCUGCGAGGGCGAAACAGUCAAGGCUCACCAAACCAUUUUGUCAGCCUGCAGCCCGUACUUCGAGACGAUUUUCCUACAGAACCAGCAUCCACAUCCCAUCAUCUACUUGAAAGAUGUCAGAUACUCAGAGAUGCGCUCUCUGCUCGACUUCAUGUACAAGGGCGAAGUCAACGUGGGUCAGAGUUCGCUGCCCAUGUUUCUCAAAACGGCCGAGAGCCUGCAGGUGCGUGGUCUCACAGAUAACAACAAUCUGAAUUACCGCUCCGACUGCGACAAGCUGCGCGAUUCGGCGGCCAGUUCGCCGACCGGCCGUGGGCCGAGUAAUUAUGCAGGCGGCGCUGGAGGCGUGGCCGAUGCGAUGCGCGAAUCCCGCGACUCCCUGCGCUCCCGCUGCGAACGGGAUCUGCGCGACGAGCUGACGCAGCGCAGCAGCAGCAGCAUGAGCGAGCGCAGCUCGGCGGCAGCAGCGGCGGCGGCGGCAGCAGCGGCGGUAGCGGCCGCCGGCGGUAAUGUCAAUGCGGCCGCCGUCGCCCUCGGGCUGACCACGCCCAGCGGCGGCGAACGAUCUCCGAGCGUCGGCAGUGCCAGUGCAGCGGCAGCGGCGGCGGCGGUGGCUGCGGCGGUUGCAGCGGCCGCCAAUCGAAGUGCCAGCGCCGACGGAUGCAGCGAUCGCGGCAGCGAACGGGGCACGCUUGAGCGGACCGAUAGUCGCGAUGAUUUGUUGCAAUUGGAUUAUAGCAACAAGGAUAAUAACAAUAGCAACAGCAGCAGUACCGGCAACAACAAUAAUAAUAAUAACAACAACAACAACAAUAAUAGCAGCAGCAACAACAACAAUAGGGAGCGCAACAACAGCAGAGAGCGUGAGCGAGAGAGGGAGCGGGAAAGAGAGCGUGAGCGGGACAGGGACAGGGAGCUGUCCACCACGCCGGUGGAGCAGCUGAGUAGUAGUAAGCGCAGACGUAAGAACUCAUCAUCCAACUGUGAUAACUCGCUGUCCUCGAGCCACCAGGACAGGCACUACCCGCAGGACUCUCAGGCCAACUUCAAGUCGAGUCCCGUGCCCAAGACGGGCGGCAGCACAUCGGAGUCGGAGGACGCCGGCGGCCGCCACGACUCGCCGCUCUCGAUGACCACCAGCGUCCACCUGGGCGGCGGUGGGGGCAAUGUGGGCGCGGCCAGUGCCCUGAGCGGUCUGAGCCAGUCCUUGAGCAUCAAGCAGGAGCUGAUGGAAGCCCAACAGCAGCAGCAGCAUCGCGAACACCACGUGGGCCUGCCGCCCGAUUACUUGCCGAGCGCUGCUCUGAAGCUGCACGCGGAGGAUAUGUCGACCCUGCUGACACAGCAUGCUUUGCAAGCAGCAGAUGCGCGGGACGAGCACAAUGAUGCCAAACAGCUGCAGCUGGACCAAACGGACAAUAUCGACGGUCGCGUCAAGUGUUUUAACAGUAAGCACGAACGUCAUCCGGAUCGGGAACAGGAUCGAAAUCGGGAGCACGAUCAGGGCGUUAACGAUGAGGUCGUUGUGGAUCGCGAUCGUGACAUGGUUGUGGAUGAGGAUCAUGAGACGGAGGACAUUGAGGAGUCAGCCUACCAUGCCACGCCCCCCAAAUACAGAAGGGCGUUGGUGUAUGCACCACCGCAUCCCGAUGAAGAGGCAGCCUCCGGCUCCGGAUCGGAUAUCUAUGUGGAUGGUGGCUACAACUGCGAGUAUAAGUGCAAGGAGCUCAACAUGCGCGCCAUUCGCUGCAGUCGUCAGCAGCAUCUGAUGUCCCAUUAUCCGCCGCACCACCCGCACCACCGUUCCCUGAUGGAUUGCCCCGCCGAGGCGGCCUACUCACCACCGGUGGCCACUGGCCAGGCCUACCUGACCAGCAAUGGAGCGGGGCAGCAGCUGGAUUUGGCCGGUUAUCAUGGUCACGUAACGCACCACCACCAUCAUCCACAACCUUUACCCCCGGCACCACCGGCACCACCCAGUCACUCGCAAAGUUCGCCGCACUAUCCCAUUGCCACGGGAUCGGCAUCUGGAUCGAUUUCAAUAUCCGCAUCGGGAUCGGCCAUAUCCGCAUCCGCUUCGGUGGCCAACUCGGCGAUCUCCCCGCAACCCAGCUCCAGUUCCAAUGGAUCCACUUCGUCGGCUGCGGCGGUGGCUGCGGCCGCAGCGGCGGCGGCCAAUCGGCGGGAUCACAACAUCGACUACUCCACCCUGUUCGUCCAGUUAUCGGGCACCCUGCCCACCCUAUACAGAUGUGUGAGCUGCAACAAGAUCGUGUCCAAUCGGUGGCACCAUGCCAACAUCCAUCGACCCCAGAGUCAUGAGUGUCCUGUCUGCGGGCAGAAGUUCACGCGCAGGGAUAAUAUGAAGGCCCAUUGUAAGAUCAAGCAUGCGGACAUCAAGGAUCGAUUCUUUAGUCACUAUGUACAUAUGUGAUCACUUCUCUAGGCAGGCGAAACAAAUCAAAUCAAAUAUAAUCAGUAACAGAAUGAAAGGUUUUCACAACUACAGUGUUUUAAGUAACCAAGAAUCAAAGCAACGUAUACGUAAUCUAGAGUGAGGAGCCAACAGCCAUCAGUUGGGUGUACAUCUAUAUCUAUUUAUAAACCUUAUUAAACCUAUGCUACACGUAGUUGAUUUCAAGACUUUAAACUAUUUAUUGUUAAAUCUUCUGAACCUCUAGAUGCUUUUUUGUAGGUCAUUAGCAAACCAAAUGGAUUAUUAUAUUGAUAUAGAAAUACCGCGACCAGUACUCAGUGGAGGGAAACUUUGACAAGUAUUAUAUGUAGAAUUCCAAUCGAUUUCCGCGUCAGUUAUUAUUAUUUUUUUAACUUACUUAACAUGUGCUGUAGUGAAUGUUGACUAAUUUUUGUUCGUGUCAUUUUGUGCCAUAUUAGCUAAUCUCUCUUCUAGUCCAUAGGCCUUAAGGUCGAAAAAGAUAAUUAAAUAAACGCAUAAAGAUAAUUAAAUAAAUGCAUAAAAAUAAUUAAAGAAAUGCAUAAAGAUAAUAGAAAGUGCGAAAAGCAACCUGCAAGCAAUAUCGAGACUUAAACCAGAGACAAAAAUAUUUGUCGUACUGAAAUAUUUUUGAGAAUUUCUCUCUAUUAAGCUCUGUAGUACCACACAAUUUUGUCUUACUUCUAAUCAAAUUCGUUUGGAAAAAAUUCAGAUAGCGUCCAAUUUCUAACCGUUUGGCCAGAGCCCCCAGAGAAAAACGUCGGGUAACUGAAGUUGGGCGCUCUCUUGAUUUAUAUCUUUGGCAAAACACCCACCGAAGUUGAUUGGAGUUGCUUGCAAAACGAAUAAUUAAUAAUUAUUAAUUAACCAUUGACGAUUCAGUGCUUUGCUAAAGGACAAAUUCAAAUCAGAUUUUAUCGAAAAAUGUACUUAAACACUAGCUAUAGACACCAAUCAAACAAUGAAUCAUUAAUUAACACUGAAUUACAGAUAAAUACAAGUACAUAUAUGUGAAACGGAUAAAUCAAUAUUUAACAUCUUUAACUUUACUUAAUAAAUCUCUUUCAAAUCAAAUUCCAGUUCUUUUCAUUCAAUAAAAACCAAGCAAACGUCCCCUAGGUACUAAAAACAACUUAACACAAUUAAAAAAAUAAAAGAAUACAUUAAUUUAUUUUUAAAUUGAAAAACAAAUCCAAAUUUAAAUAAAAAGUUAAACAUCAAGCGCACUCUCUUAACGGUAAGUUGAAAUUUCUAAGAUCUAGUUAAGCACAAAUUACCUCUCCUCUAUAAUUUAGAAUUAUGUUAAAUAAGUUAUAUUUAUAUAUUUGAU